UCGAAGGAAGGGAAUCCGCGAUCGUCGAAAAAUCGCGACGCGCGCUUACGGCGAGGAAGGGGGAGGGAGGAGGAGGGAAGGACCCGCUGUCGCCGCGACUGUGAGAGACACGGCACGAUUAAUCCGUUCCGCUCGUCGAUUUCGCAAAGCUCUGUGUGUCCGGCGUGUCAUGGUGGUCAUGGGCGACCGUUUCUAACUAUCGACUCGCGUCACCGUUCUCGUCCCGCGAACGUUAUUUGUGUAUCCCCGCGAGCCGGCAAACGACUCGCUCCGACAAGGGCGCGCGCGCGCGCGAACGAGCGAGCCAUCAAGCACGCACGAGAGAGAGAGAGACGAGCUUCGCCCUGAAGUUGUUGCCCAUUCUUCUUGUUACCGCGCACCGUUGACCGAUCGCGCCUGUCUAGCUAGUGCCCGUCUGUUGCCGUCGAUUGUGCGUGCGCGCGCCUCUUUCCGUUCCCGGAGCUAAGCGCUAACGCGAAACGCUAAUUCGCAGCAGGAAUUGACCGCAAAAUGGUGCUAGCGUCGAAGUGUACGAUUGGUUGAUCAGUUGAACCACAAGGUGCAGGAAGUUACGUGUAAUAAGAAAAUGGACGAAUUCGCCGGUGAUGGCGUUGAUCUCUACGAUGACGUAAUUGCCGCUCCAGCAGGUGGUAAUGGUGGCGUUUCCUCCGGGAAUACCGGAGACGGUGGUGGUGAUACCACGUCUCCGAACGAGGAAACUAAUGGAAACGCGCCUUAUCAUCAGCUUGGCAAUAAUAUACAACCGAAUCAAAUUGGUAGACGGCAUCAGCUUUAUGUUGGAAAUUUGACAUGGUGGACAAGUGACCAAGAUAUAACAGAUGCAGUUCAAAGUAUUGGUGUGACUGAUUUUGCGGAGGUGAAAUUCUUCGAAAAUCGUGCCAACGGGCAGUCCAAAGGUUUCUGUGUAAUAUCUUUGGGCUCUGAACAAAGUAUGAGAAUAUGUAUGGAAAGACUGCCCAAAAAGGAGUUACAUGGUCAGAAUCCCGUAGUAACGUUUCCUACAAAGCAGGCGCUUAAUCAAUUUGAGUCGCAGUGUAAGACACGACCUGCUCCGGCUCCGCAACAGAGUCAGAGCCAACGUCCACAUAACCCACAUCAACAUCAGCCACCAAUGCCACCUCAUCAACAGCAUCCCCAACAUCCUCAACAUCCUCAACACUCACAACAAAAUCACGGUCCUAGAAUGAUGAUGGGUCCUCCACAGGGCGUAAGACCUCAGAGAAUGCCGCCACCCGGAUUAGGUCCACCGGGACCUGGUGGACCGGGCCAGCAGGGUCCGCCGCGUAUGCAUGGUCCACCAUUAGGACCAGGUCCGGGACCGCAUCAUCCUUUGCCAGGUCAUCCUAAUCAAGGUCCGCCGCCUGGUUACCAACAGGGCCCAUGGAACGGGCCGCGUCCCAAUGGUCCUCCUGGGCCGCCUAGAGGUCCCAGUGGACCUGGUGGCCCACCUCAGCAAGGUCCACCAGGACCAGGUCCUGGUCAGCAUAGACCACCUGGAAUGCAAUUUCACGGUGGUCCACCUGGUCCGCCGGGCCAAGGACCUCCUCGCGGCCCACCUGGACAUCCUGGUGGACCUCCAGGAGAUCCAAGAGGAGCUCAACCUCGUCCUGAAUGGAAUAGACCGCCAGGAAUGCAUCAUGGGCCUCAGGGACCACCAGGUUUCCCUCAACAUCAACAUAUGCAAGGGCCGCAGCCUGGCCAAGGCCCACCACAGAGAGGACCUCCUCCAGGUUCUAUGGGUGGUCCGGGAGGCCCGCCACCAGGACAUGGUGGGCCGCCGCAGGGACCUCCUCAAGGACCGCCAGGUGGUCCGGCACCUCAUGUCAAUCCGGCAUUCUUCCCGCAAGGGCCACCUCAUCAGCAUCCCGGCCAACAUCCACCAGGACCUCCCGGUCCACCUCAUGGCCCACCUCAUGGUCCACCUCACGGUCCUCCUCAUGGUCCUCCUCAUGGUCCCCCUCACGGACAACCACAUGGACCGCCGCAUGUACCACCACAUGGUUACGGACCACCGAGUGCACAAGCACCUUAUGGAGCACCUGGACCUGAUCAUCGUCCGGAAGGUCCGCCUCCGCUUACGGAACAAGAAUUUGAGGAGAUAAUGGGCCGCAAUCGCACAGUAUCCUCGUCCGCGAUUGCCCGGGCCGUAUCCGAUGCUGCGGCAGGCGAAUACGCAAGUGCCAUAGAGACUCUGGUUACCGCUAUAUCGUUAAUCAAACAAUCAAAGGUAGCCGCGGAUGAUAGAUGCAAAAUUCUUAUCAGUUCUCUUCAAGACACUUUACGUGGCGUUGAAACUAAGAGCUACGGAUCUGGACGUAGAGAACGUUCACGUUCACGUGACAGAGAACGUAGUCAUAGAAGACGACGUGAGCGAUCCAGAAGCCGGGAUCGAGAAUAUCGUGAACGCAGCAGAGACCGAGAUCGGGAACGCGAUCGAGAGCGUGAUCGUGAGAGAGAAAGAGACCGCGAUAGGGACAGGGAGCGUUAUUACAGCGAACCAUAUCCGAGAGAACGAUCACGCAGCAGAGAAAGAGAGCGCGAACGUGAGAGAGAUCGUGAAUAUAGAGAGAGAAGCAGAGAAGAAAGUACAACACGUCAAUCAGCCAGGCCAAGAGUAAAAGAGGAACCGCCGGAGACGGCACCCGUUUCGUCUUCCAAGGCGUCUAGGUAUUAUGACGAUCGCUACAGAGAACGUGAACGAGAAAGAGAUCGAGAACGUGAAUCAAGCCGAAGACCAUCCGAGCGGGAACGGGAACCGGAACGAGAACGUGAACGGGAACGGGAGCGAGAUCGUCGAGACGAACGAGGAGACUCCUCACAUCGCUCAAGACACUAAAAAAAGAGAAAGAGAGAAAGAAUACAAGGAUUGAAGAAAUGACACAAACGAGGUGUACUGAUACAGCAGAAUUGAAGAAUCUAUUUGACAAAACAUUAUAGAUGGAACAAUAUACACAUAUACACAUUCAUACACACAUUGCGAUCCUCUUAAUCCUUGAAGUAAAAAUAUAUUAUGUCGCUAAUAAUGUUGACAUACGUGAACAUACGUGAACCCACACCCAAAGAUUGUUGACAAAACGUGACGAUAUCGAAAGAUAUUGUAAGAUAACAAUUGAAAAAUGGGUUCUUUCAAGAUUUGCUUUAACGAAUCGCUUUUAGAUUAGUCCGAGAUUUUAGUAUAAACUCUACAUAGAAUUCUGUACGUUCUUGUCUUCUUUUAAAAUAGUCGAACUCGUGCUCACCGUAGAAUUAUCGUGAAAUCUCUCAAUUGAUCGCAGAGUUACUUUUAUCUUGCAUACAUGUCUUAAUAUGAUAUAGUGCACUCUCUCUAUAUGUACACGUACUAUAUGUAAUUGUAUUACGAUUAAGAAAAUAUUCAUAUUUAGUCCGAGAAUAGAUUUAUAAAAUAAAUGGCUAUCGCGUACGAGAUUUCGAGAGAAGGUAAAAAGGAAAGAAAAAAAUGAAACAUAUUCUGAUACAAGAUCGCACGAGAUUACGAUUUACAGUGGCAAGAGGAAAAAAGACGGGGAGCAAGAUGUACGAAGAGAGCAAGAGUAUUUUUGGAGAAACUAAGGGAAGAAAGAAGACAUCUUACGCGAGAAACCUUCUUCAAUCUUCUUCAACAUGGACGAGAUUCAAGAUUGUAUCUUAACAUAUAUAUAUAUAUAUAUAUACAUAUAUAUAUAAUACAUAUAUACGCUUUCAAAAAAUAUAAAUGCCAAACAUGUC